AUUUUUUCAUGGCGUUUUCAAUUGUGUAAAUCAUUGGAAAAAAUAAAAUUAUAAACAAAAAGAUUGGUAAAGUGGUCGAAACAAUAAACAAACACCUUCAUUUCGAUACAAACAGUGAAGUGUAGCAGUUGCAGUUUAGGCUGACUUCCACCAGAAACUCACGAUGACGAAGUUGAAAAUUUUAAUCUUGUUGACUGCUUGCAUUUUGUGCAGUGUUGAAGCGAUAUAUCCACCAAGUCAGCGACAGGUACAGCUAGUAGAAAUCACCUUGCCAAAUGUAAUAGAGGACUUCGAAUAUGUGCCCACACAAGGUGGAUACAGAUAUAGCUACAAAGUCUUCGGUGGUCCCAAACGUGAAGAAUACGGUGUAAUACCAAAUGCGGAGGCGGCGACUGGUGUGCGUGGCUCAGGUAGAGACCAAGGUAAAACCAAAUCGAAACCACGCUACGGUACUAAAAAUCGAAAAUUAUCACCGAAAUCAUUACAAUCGCUUGCGGGAUAAUUGAAACUAUUCGAGGCAUUGGUUUUGUGACC